GCAGUUGAUUGAAUUGCUCAAAGUGAAAAUUGCCGAAUUUCACAAAGUUAUCCAAUAAGAAUAAGUAAAAAGUGUAAAAUUUCAGUCGCUGGUUGACCGGAAAAAUCGAACCAGAUAAAAAAUGGGCCUUUUGUCGGAAGGAAAUCCACUGAGUUGGGAGGAGACGAAGAAGCACGCAGAACAUGUACGGCAGCACGGAAUCCAGCAAUUCAUCAAUUUGUAUGCGAAAUUGAAGGAUCGGCAGGGAGACAUCCUCAAAUGGGGCGACGAAAUUGAGUAUAUGAUUGUCCGGUUCGAUCAUGAGAACAAAAAGGCACAAGUUUCGCUGCGAGCCGAAGAGAUUUUACAAAAACUUAACGAAGAGGAGAUCAAAAACCCGGAUGGAGUAAAGUCACUUUGGCGACCGGAAUACGCGAAUUACAUGGUAGAAGGCACUCCAGGAAAGCCUUAUGGAGGUCUCUUAGCGCACUUUAACGUCGUCGAGGCAAACAUGUCGAACCGCAGACACGAUGUCGCCAAGUUGCUCAAAGAAAAUGAGGUUGCUAUGUGCAUCACGAGUUUCCCAAUGCUUGGAAUGCCUAAUUUCACGUUUCCUCCCUACGCGCCGCGACCAGAUGCGGAAGAUGGUGUCGCUAAAUCUCUUUAUUUCGUGGACGAAGCGAUUUUUCCGGGACAUCCGCGUUUCAAAACUCUUUCACGAAACAUCCGGAUGCGACGUGGCUCGAAAGUUUCCAUCGACAUCCCCGUUUUCAAGGAUAAAAAUACGAAAAUUCCCGUUGCGGGCAGUACGCCGGAGAAACCGGACCAUAUUCACAUGGAUGCCAUGGGUUUCGGGAUGGGAUGUUGUUGUUUGCAGUUCACGUUUCAGUGUUGUAACAUCAAUGAGGCGCGCACGUUAUACGACCAGCUGACGCCGUUGUGUCCGAUUAUGUUGGCGUUGAGUGCAGCGUCGCCCAUUCAUCGUGGCAUGUUAAGUGAUACGGAUUGUCGCUGGAACGUCAUAAGUGCCUCUGUGGAUUGCCGCACGCCCGAGGAAAGAGGUGAAAAACCGCUGAAAGAAGGACAACUUAGAAUUCACAAGUCGCGAUAUGAUUCAAUUGACUCGUAUUUGUCUCCUGCUGGACAAAAAUUCAAUGACAUUCCCCUAGUUUACCACCAGCAAAAUUACAAAAAGCUCCUUGAGGGCAACAUUGAUCCGCUUCUUGCGCAGCACGUGGCUCAUCUCUUCAUCCGUGACACCGUCUCACUGUUCAGCGAAAAAGUCAAUCAGAAUGACGAGGAGGACACGGAUCACUUUGAGAACAUUCAAUCAACAAAUUGGCAAACGAUGCGCUUCAAGCCGCCGCCACCGAACACGUCAAUUGGAUGGCGCGUCGAAUUCCGCCCGUGCGAAUUGCAACUCACGGAUUUCGAAAAUUCGGCAUUUGCGUGCUUCAUCGUGCUCCUGACACGCGUCAUUCUGUCGUACAAUCUGGACUUGUUGAUUCCCAUCAGCAAAGUCGACGAAAAUAUGCAAAAUGCACAAAAACGGAAUGCGUGCCGCGAACAAAAGUUCUGGUUCAAGAAAUCCAUCACCGGCGUCACGGUUGACGGGAAAAAUUUAAAGUUGUGCCGCAAUGAAAAUUGCGAGGAGCUGUGCAAUGAAUACGAAUUAAUGACGAUCGAUCAAAUUAUUAACGGAAAAGGAACUUUUCCUGGUUUACUGCCUUUACUACAUUCAUACCUUGCAUCGAUGGACGUCGAUGUCAACACACAUUGUACAAUUACACAGUAUUUGCAUUUAAUUUCGCAACGAGCGAGUGGACAACUCAUGACGACUGCCAGCUGGAUUAGAGAAAAAGUCACCACACAUCCCGAUUACAAACAAGAUUCCGUCAUCACCGACACCAUAAACUACGACUUACUGAUGAAGUGCCUUGCAGUACAAGAAAAUCUAGAACCUUGCCCCGAAUUGCUCGGUCACUCGAACUCGACAAAGACAUCGGAGCAUGUUCCGCACGCAAUCACCAAGCAUUUACGGGCAUGUUAAACGGAACGAGACUGCAUGUGGAUGGAGGGACAAAAAAAAAUAUAUAAUCUUUAAUAUAAUUGUUGUUACAAAUAUUUACAAAUAUUUUAUAAGGUAUUGUUCUACUUUCUUGUAAAAGUAAAAAAAAAAAAUAUUUUGAAAUAA